AUGGGCAACCCACAUGUUAUUGCUAUACCCUAUCCAGCACAAGGUCAUGUACUUCCAUUGAUGGAAUUCGCGCUAAGCUUAGUCAAUCACGGUUUCAAGGUUACAUUUGUGAACACGGAGUUUAAUCACAAGCGGGUCAUGAAGGCAUUGUCGGAGCAAGACAAUGUGCAUGAUCUGAUACAUCUGGUUUCGGUCCCAGACGGAUUGGAACCAUGGGAGGAUAGAAAUGACUUGGGCAAAUUAUCGACAGCAAUGGUGGAGGUCAUGCCUGGGAAGCUGCAGGAGCUCAUACAAAAGAUUAAGGACGAUGACGAUGAUGAUGAUGAAAUCACUUGCAUUAUAGCUGAUGGAAGUUUGGGGUGGGCUCUAGAAAUUGCCAAGAACAUGGGAAUCAAGAGAGCAGCCUUUUGUCCUGCAUCAGCCACUUUGUUGGCCUUGGUACGCAGCAUUCCAAAGCUAAUUGCCGAUGGGAUCAUAAACAACGAUGGUGAGGCAUUCUAUUACUAG